AUGGCAGCGGCGCCUGAUCUUAAGCUAGCUCAGAAAUACAAAGCAACCCUCCUCAAUGACGGCAACAGAAGCUAUCCCGAGCUCAAGGACACGCCGGGCCAGCCCGUCACCGGCAGGGACCCCUGCAGUAACGUCGCUAUGCUAGACCUCAGCGCCAAACAGGCUCAGCCGCUCGCCAACUCCCGAUUCUCGGAACCUCUCCGAUUGCACAAGCGCGUCACGGAUGGCUUGAUCACACCCCUGUCGGCUGAGAAACGGCUCCGUGGUGGCCCUUCAACAUUUCCCAGCGGCGGUGAGGUGAGGCAGCAUACAGUAGAGACGAAUGCGUCGAUGAUGAACUGA